AUGGUGAAAGAAGUUGAAGAUCCUGAUGUACGUCUUCUUCGAGAGAUGGGUUAUACUCAAGAGCUCUACCGUGGUUUUUCUCCAUUUAUGUCAUUUGCUUUCUGUUUUACUGCUGUCAAUGUUCUCACAUCAAUUUCAAUCGGUUUCACGUAUUCAUUGAAUACUGGUGGAUCAGGAGUAACCAUAUGGGCAUGGGUUAUUGGAGCUAUAUUUACCAUUCUGAUCGGUCUAUCGUUAGCUGAAAUAUGUUCUGUAUAUCCCAGUGCUGGAUCUGUAUAUCAUUGGGCAGGCCAGCUGGUUUCCGCUAAACAUGCACCAUUGGCUUCGUUCAUUUGUGGUUGGUUCAAUUUCAUAGGAAAUUUUGCAGAUGUUGCAUUUGCGUCUGGAUUUGCUACGAUUAUUAAUGCUGCCAUCAUUCUGGAAGGCAAAGAUUCAAUUAACACAGGUGCUCAAGUAGGCAUUGCUAUAGGAAUAUGUUUUGUAUGGGCUGUUCAAAAUGCAUUGCGAAUUGAUCAACAAGGCUGGCUCAAUAAUUUUGCUGUUAUCUUCCAACUUGGCUCGGCAAUUAGCAUCGUUGUAGUGCUUCUGACUAUGGCUCCUGAGAGAGCUACGGCUCGCAAUGUUUUCACAUCAACAUACAAUGGUACCGGAUUUUCAUUUCCAUAUGUAUGCUUGAUUGGCAUUCUUUCAACACUUUUUUCAUUCUCUGGCUAUGAAGCUGGUGCCCAUUUGGCCGAAGAAACUAGAGGUGCCAGCCGCGCAGCUCCAAAAGGAAUCGUAAGCACUUGUAUAUGUAGCGCUAUUACUGGUUUUGCUUACUUGCUUGCUCUACUCUUUGCCAUUCCCGACGUGAGCUCGUUUGUGGACAAUAACAGUGGAGAUAAUUCAACGCAAAAUUUUGCCGUUGCUGCCUAUCAGCUUGCUGUACCCCAUCAAGGCGCACUUGCACUGGCGAUUCUGCUCAUUCUUAAUUUGUAUUUUGCCGGUAUGUCAUCAUUGACAGUGACCAGUCGAAUAGGCUUUGCCAUGGCUCGUGAUGGUGUUUUUCCACUAUCAGUCUAUCUACGUUGGAUAUUCAAGCCGACAAAAACUCCAUUGGGCAAUGUGAUAUUUGUUUUUGUCAUUGACUCUCUUCUUCUUCUACUUCAAUUAGCAUCGACGACUGCUUUCACUGCUAUUCUCUCCAUUGCCACACUUGGCUAUCAAAUAUCCUAUUUUAUGCCUAUUUUAUUCCGAUGUACAACAGCUCGACACAAUUUUCCACUAGGUGAUUUCAAUUUAGGUAGAUUCGGUGUACCCAUCGCUAUUAUCUCGGCCGCUUGGCUUUUUAUUACAUCCAUCAUCAUGUUAUUUCCGGCCCAAUAUCCGGUCACUAAAGAUAAUAUGAACUAUGCUGUAGUAAUCAUCGGUGGCAUAGCAUUCCUUGCGGGUGCCUAUUGGAUUUUCUCUGCUCGCUAUUGGUUUGUAGGGCCAAAAAGAACUACUAUGAAUUCUAAUGAAUUAUCAGCGGACCUGGCUACCACCGAUGACACCAAAGAAAUAACACUAUCACCCAGUAUCAUUCAUGUUCGAUUGUGA